AUGUCGGCCUCCACGCGAAACCUCCUAGGCAAAGUAAGGAGACUCGUCCCUCCAAUGCUGGAGAAAUUUCAUAAAGGGCAGCUUGGCCGUGUGGCCGUUAUUGGGGGAAGUAUAGAUUACACUGGAGCGCCAUAUUUCUCUGCAAUGGCUUCGGCAAAGUUAGGGUGUGAUAUGGUGAUCAAAUCCUACUCCCCAAACCUUAUGGUCCACCCCAUCCUACAAAGCUCCAAAUCCCUCUCCAAUCCCAUCCCCGCCCCCGAUCCCCGCCACCAUGCAGAGCCCAUCAUCUCCUUCCUUCCACGCGUGCACGUCCUCGUCAUCGGUCCCGGUCUCGGCCGUGACCCCAUAACGCAAAGCAUCGUCGUGGAAGUACUGAGAGAAGCUCGUGCCAAGGCCAUUCCCUUGGUCCUCGACGCCGAUGCUCUGCUACUCGUGCAGAAUCGUCCCGAUCUCGUGCACGGGUAUGAAGAGUGCAUUCUCACGCCGAAUGUGGUUGAAUUCCGGCGGUUGGCUGAGGCGUUUGGGGUGGAUGUUUCGGUGGCAGGAGAAAGGAGGGAGGAAGGUGAAUGUGAGGCGUGUGAGCGGUUGUCGAGGGCGCUGGGUGGGGUGAUGAUUGUUCAAAAGGGGAUUCACGAUGUUAUUUCGAACGGGGUGACGUCGCUGAUUUCGGAUGUACAAGGUGGGAAGAAGAGGAGUGGUGGGCAGGGGGAUACCCUAACGGGUUCUUUGGGGACCUUUUUGGCCUGGAGGAAGGCGUAUCAUGAGGGCUUAUGGGAUGCAGGUGAGGAAGAUCGUUCAAAGCAGGGAGAGGCGGAGAGCAGAAGUGACGUCGAAGUUGAAUUGCAGGAGGAUGGCGGUAAGAUGAUGAAGAAAAUGAGCCGCAAAACUACAAUGUUGCUUGCUGCGUGGGCUGGUAGUACCAUUACAAGGGAAUGCUCACGAAGAGCAUUUCUGGCCAAGGGAAGAAGUAUGCAAGCAAGCGAUUUAACGGAUGAGGUCCACGGCGCCUUUCUGGACUUGAUUGGAGAGCCCGAAGGGUCAAAGCUGUGA